GUUCUCUCCCUUUACGAAAACUCCCUUCAACUCGUACCAAAACAUAUUCGGUACAUUCCAUUCGAGGAUGCAGCAGCGAGCCAGAUUUCAGAGAGGGACCCGUUUGGUGUCAGUGCUUACGAAAAUAAUGAAUGCUUCUUUUAUUUGCCUGCACCUUUACUAACGGCACAUCCAUCUUUAAUCAUGAGUUACAAGCGAAUUCGAGCAAGGAAGCGUGGCUUACCUGACUGGAUGCUUGACGACGAUGAGCCAGAAUCUCAGUCAAAUAACGCACUUGAAGUUGAAGACGAACAACCGAAAGUAAAUCGAAUGAAAAAGCCGUUCUGUAAGCCUAACUAUGAGUACCUCCCAGGAAACAAACACGGACAGAAAAGCAAGGACAAAGCCCCCACCAUCCCGGAAGCUGGAGCAGCCCUGUCCGCUGACGAUGUCGUAGCUCAAGCGAUGCCGUUCAUAGCCUUUUCAGGCUCGACCGUGUACUCUCACAACGCCGGGGACUGUUCCUUACUCUGUGAAGAGAUUAUACGGACAUCCUUGGACGCUGGAACUAACAGUGAGAUAUAUGUAGGGUUCGACUUGGAGUGGCCAGUUACGUACACGAAGGGCACCGGAGGUCGAGUUGCGCUGGUUCAGGUAGCGGUGAACGAAUCAAAGUGUUACCUCUUUCACAUAUCAGCGAUUGGAUCAUUGCCGAAAAUGCUGAGAAAGAUCAUUGAGGAUGAUCGCGUGAAGAAAAUAGGAGUCAACAUCGAGAAUGACAUGUGGAAGCUGGCGAAAGAUUUUGAUUUUGAAGCGAGGAAAGUUAUCAGGAAUUCCAUGAUAGACUUAGGGAAACUAGCGAACACAAAACUGAAAUCUAAGGAGAACUGGAGCUUAGAAGGCUUGUGUAGGAAUGUUCUCAGGAUGAGGAUGAAUAAAGACGAUAGUGUGCGGUGUGGGAAGUGGGACGAAUUUCCUUUGACCGACGAGCAAAAGUUAUAUGCAGCUACAGACGCGUACGCAUGCUUGAAGAUAUACAAUACACUCGAACAUGUAUAGUGAUCGUAAGUUAGGCUUCUGUUAGGCAGCGUGCGUGAUGAUGACAGUGUGUAAGACCAGGCAAUAUACAAACACCACUCCUUGUUCACAUCAGUUUUUGAUCUCAGUUUGUUGUCUAUGCAUCUGUUGUUUCUUGGAAUCAAGUCCUGUAUUCCCCCGGAGCAUAUGUCAGCACUGAGUUCAUGUUGAUAAUUAGAAAACAUCUAUGACUGUGUUACUUUUGGAUUUCCGCCGCUGACAGGUCGUGAUAUAACUAGAAAAACUAAUAGAACAACGGGCUUAAACACAACUUGAAACAAAACUGUGAUAAUAAAUAUUGUGGGACAAGGCCAUUGACCCGUCAAUUGUCUUGUGUCGUCGCUAGGUACAGUCUAUGAAUCACUACCGUCCAUGAAUCACUGCGAAUUUAUUGGAUAACUAUGAAAUCAGCAUAUAUGCUGUGAUCUUAAUAUUGAAAUAUACAACAAUGGCGGAUACAUAUAUAUUUACAGGUUUGAAGGUUAUAUUCUGAUUGUACAUUCUACCUCAUGUUCAUCUUUUUUCCUGUGGCAUUCUUUGUUAACAUACAAUGUCAGUUUGACCUCGUUGACAAUUAAAGCAAUUAUUUAAGAACAAAAA